CGGGGUCGCGCAGGCGCGGAGGGCCCGGCCCAGGGCUGGGCUUGGUUGUCAUGAGAGCGGCGGCUGCGGCCGUGGCGAUGGACAGAAGCGGCAGGGGCUGCUCCUCCCCUACCACCGCCGCGGCAGCUUGGGGUGCAAGCCAGCCUGGGGCGGCGGAGGGGGCGCCGCCUGAGUUCCGCUGGAGAGAGCGGCGGCUGCCGAGGUGGUCCGCGAGGACCGGGACCCGCCCGCCCCUGGGGCCCGGGCGCUGAGGCACGGCCUGGCCGCCUCCCCGGGCCGCUCCGCAGCUCCGACCCGGCCGCCCUCUCCGUCGGGGCCGGGGCAGCGCCAGUCGGGGCCGUCCGCUCUGAGCAGCCCAGGCGUGCAGAAUGCCCCACAAGAUUGGAUUUGUAGUCGUCAGCUCAUCUGGACACGAAGACGGCUUCAGUGCCCGGGAGCUCAUGAUCCACGCACCAACCGUCAGUGGGUGGCGGUCCCCGAGAUUUUGCCAAUUUCCCCAAGAAAUUGUCCUUCAAAUGGUGGAGAGGUGUCGAAUAAGGAAACUCCAGUUACUUGCUCACCAGUAUAUGAUUUCAAGUAAAAUCGAGUUCUACAUUAGCGAAAACUUGCCUGAAUAUUUUGCACCAUAUCAAGCAGAGCGGUUUCGAAGACUUGGCUACGUCUCUCUCUGUGAUAACGGAAAGACAGGUUGCAAGGCCCGGGAACUAAAAUCAGUUUAUGUGGAUGCAGUAGGACAGUUUCUGAAACUGAUUUUCCACCAAAACCAUGUCAACAAAUACAACAUAUAUAAUCAGGUUGCUUUGGUUGCCAUAAACAUCAUUGGAGACCCUGCAGAUUUCAGUGAUGAAAGCAAUACUGCCUCUCGAGAGAAGUUGAUUGACCACUACCUUGGGCACAACAGCGAGGACCCUGCUCUAGAAGGAAGUUACGCCAGGAAAUCUGACUAUAUUUCUCCACUAGAUGACUUAGCUUUUGAUAUGUACCAAGAUCCAGAAGUUGCACAGAUUAUACGAAAACUAGAUGAAAGAAAACGGGAAGCUGUCCAAAAGGAACGCUAUGAUUAUGCCAAGAAACUAAAACAAGCUAUUGCUGAUUUGCAAAAGGUUGGUGAGCGUCUUGGGAGGUAUGAGGUAGAGAAACGCUGUGCUGUGGAGAAGGAAGACUACGAUCUCGCCAAGGAGAAGAAACAGCAGAUGGAGCAGUAUCGCGCCGAGGUGUACGAGCAGCUGGAGCUCCAUAGCCUCCUGGAUGCAGGGCUGAUACGAAGACCUUUGGAUUUGCCCCUCCAGCCCCUCACUCACUCUGGCAGUCCUCGCCACCAAAAGCCAGGGCCCUCUCUACCACAACUGGAAGAAAAGGGAACAGAAAGCCAGUUUGCAGAACCUUUCCUUCAGGAAAAGCCUUCAUCAUAUUCUCUAACUAUUUCUCCUCAGCAUUCUGCAGUAGACCAGUUACUCCCUGCCACAGAUCCUCAUCCAAAAAUGAAUGCAGAGCCCCUGCCCUAUGACGAGCGGCCUCUUCCAGCCAUUCGGAAGCAUCAUGGUGAGGCGGUGGUGGAGCUGGAAAUGAGUGAUGCAAACAUCAGCAGUGCUCGGAGGGGAGGCAUGUCUGGGGAGCCAGAGCCCCUAACCGAGAAGGCCCUGAGAGAAGCCAGCUCUGCCAUUGAUGUCCUGGGAGAGACCUUGGUUGCUGGGGCCUAUUCCAAGACGUGGUCCUACCGAGAGGAUGCAUUGCUUGCUUUGUAUAGGAAGUUGAUGGAAAUACCUGUUGGGACCCCAAAAGAAGAUUUGAAAAACACACUGAGAGCGUCCAUCUUUCUUGUUCGAAGAGCCAUAAAGGACAUUGUGACCUCCGUCUUUCAGGCUUCAUUGAAAUUGUUGAAAAUGAUCAUUACACAAUAUAUACCCAAACAUAAACUGAUUAAACUCGAAACAGCUCACUGUGUGGAAAGGACCGUUCCCGUUUUGCUCACCAGAACUGGAGAUUCUUCUGCCCGUGUCCGUGUCACAGCUGCAAAUUUUAUUCAGGAAAUGGCUUUGUUUAAAGAAGUUAAGUCUCUCCAAAUUAUUCCCUCCUACCUGGUGCAGCCAUUGAAAGCAAACUCCUCGGUUCAUUUGGCGAUGAGUCAGAUGGACCUCCUGGCCCGGCUGCUGAAAGACCUGGGCACCGGGAGCUCAGGCUUCACAGUCGACAACGUGAUGAAGUUUUCAGUGAGUGCCCUGGAGCAUAGAGUGUAUGAGGUCCGAGAGACAGCGGUUAGAAUUAUUUUGGACAUGUACAGACAGCACCAGGCUUCUGCCCUGGCGUAUCUUCCUCCAGACGACAGCAACACGCGCAAGAACAUUCUCUACAAAACAAUUUUUGACGGAUUUGCUAAAAUAGAUGGCCGACCUACAGAUGCUGAGAUGAAGGCACAGAGAAAAGCAGCUACAGAAGAAGCAGAAACGCAAAAGAAAGAAGAAAUAAAAGCUUUACAAGGGCAGCUGGCAGCGCUGAAGGAAAUUCAGGCUGAAGUUGAGGAAAAAGAAAGUGAUGCCGUGAAACCAAAGAAUCAGGACACUCAAGGAGCGAAAGCAGCCCCUGGCGAAGCUCUGGGAAUCCCAAAUGAGCACUAUCUAGAUAAUUUGUGUAUUUUUUGUGGGGAAAGGAGCGAAUCCUUCACAGAGGAAGGCCUGGAUCUCCACUAUUGGAAGCACUGUCUCAUGCUGACAAGAUGUGACCACUGCAAACAGGUCAGGCCAGGGGCACAGCAGCCCAGCUGCUCGCGUGCGCGUGGACCUCUGGCUGCUGAAGGGCCGAGUCACAAAGCUGUCCCAAGUCUUAGUAUUUUCAGAGGAAAGCCUGUGAGAAAAGUAACUGAAGGCGAACACAUACCUAAAAACGUGUGCAAGUUAUUCAUAUUGGUGGUGAUCACGGUGGUGGUUGUGGUGAUCGUGGUGGUGAUCGUGGUGCUGUUGGUGGUGAUCGUGGUGCUGGUGGUGGUGAUCAUGGUGGCGGUGGUGGUGAUGGUGGUGAUCGUGGUAGUGGUGGUGGUGGUGUUAGUGCUGAGCCAUGCCAGAGCACAGCACAUGAGCGUUCAGGGUAGUGCCCCAGGUUGGUCCUGCUUGAUUAACUCUUUGCCUCCUCCGCUGCAGGCAUGGAAAGCUCACCUGAUGGGCCCAGCCGGCUGCACCAUGAACCUGCGCAAGACACACGUUCUGCAGAAGGCCCCAGCACUGCAGCCAGGGAGAAGGUCAGCUGUGGCUGCAUCAGGCGUCUCGGGGUCAAAGGCCGGAAGCAAGAUCCCCACCCCAAAGGGCGGGCUGAGCAAGAGCUCCAGCAGGACGCAUGCCAGGCGCUGACGCGGCACUCCGGCUCCUUUGUAAGGGAUGGAGCACGUCUCCUGAUUCCACACUAUUUCUCCUGAACUCUCUGGCCUUGGCGACCCCAUGCUCUGGCUGCUGUCCGCGGCUUCCAGCUGUGCACGCUUCUUACAUGUCCGUGCCGUCAGCUCUCAUGCACACGAUACGAACGGGAGUAACCACAGACCUUGUGUGCAGCACCUGGACCCCGCGCCCUGUGUGCUGAGCCUUCAGGGCUGUCUCAGGCCUGUCUUAGAAUCGGAAGAGGAUGCGUCCUGUUUAGAGAGAGCCAGAGGGCACCACCUGGGAGGUGCUAGCCAGGCUGCCGGCAGCACAGGCACGGCCCCACUUUCCUUACUACUGGGAGCAAUUACCAUAAAAUAUGACCGGAAACCUUUUGCACACUGCUCUCUGUCACGUGCAGUACAAUUUCCACAGGUCUGUGGCUCGGCGCACGGUGGUUCCGGGAGAGUGGCCGAGUGCACUGGCCUCCAGCGUGCCUUCUCCCCCUGCAGGCCCCGUCUGCUGGCCAUGCCCAGUGCGCUCGGCCCCGGGUAGCAGAGCUCACGUUCCCACUAGAGCAAGAAAUAAAGGCAAAAGAGAACAUCUUUU